UGCUGGUCCGAUAGCAGAAGAAGGAAGUCUUGCAGGAUGACAACCCCUCUGACCGACCAGGAAAAGCGCAAACAGAUCAGCAUUAGAGGAAUCGUCGGCGUGGAAAAUGUUGCCGAGGUCAAGAAGGGCUUUAAUCGACAUUUGCACUUCACUCUGGUGAAGGACAGGAACGUGGCCACACCGCGCGAUUACUACUUUGCCCUCGCGCACACCGUGCGUGACCACCUGGUGGGUAGAUGGAUUCGGACGCAACAGUUUUACUACGAAACUGACCCUAAGAGGGUUUACUACCUGUCCCUGGAGUUCUACAUGGGCCGAGCCCUGCAGAACACCAUGAUCAACUUGGGGCUGCAGAAUGCCUGUGACGAGUCCAUCUACCAGUUGGGCCUAGAUAUGGAGGACCUGGAGGAGAUGGAAGAAGACGCUGGCCUAGGGAACGGAGGAUUGGGUCGACUGGCAGCCUGCUUCUUGGACUCCAUGGCCACACUGGGGCUGGCUGCGUAUGGGUAUGGUAUUCGCUAUGAGUAUGGCAUCUUCAACCAGAGAAUCAAAGAUGGCUGGCAGGUGGAGGAGGCAGAUGAUUGGCUGCGGCACGGCAACCCCUGGGAGAAGGCCCGCCCUGAGUACAUGCUGCCCGUGCACUUCUACGGGAGAGUGGAGGAGACAGAGGAAGGCUCAAAAUGGGUUGAUACUCAGGUGGUUUUAGCGAUGCCCUAUGACACUCCUAUUCCAGGCUACAUGAACAACACAGUCAACACCAUGAGGUUGUGGUCAGCUCGCGCACCCAAUGACUUUAACCUCAAAGACUUCAAUGUCGGAGAUUACAUCCAAGCUGUGCUGGACAGGAACUUGGCAGAGAACAUUUCUCGUGUUCUGUACCCUAAUGACAAUUUCUUCGAGGGCAAAGAGCUGCGUCUGAAGCAGGAGUACUUUGUUGUGGCGGCCACCCUUCAAGAUGUCAUCCGCAGGUUCAAGACCUCCAAGAAGAACAGUGGUGGCCCCCUCUCUUUCGACACCCUUCCGGAAAAGGUUGCCAUCCAGCUGAAUGAUACCCAUCCCGCCAUGGCCAUCCCUGAGCUCAUGAGAAUCUUUGUGGACAUCGAGAAGUUGGAUUGGGACACGGCCUGGGACAUCACCAAGCGGACGUUUGCCUACACCAACCACACAGUGCUGCCCGAGGCCCUGGAGCGCUGGCCAGUGCAGCUGAUGGAAACCCUCCUGCCCCGACACCUGCAGAUCAUAUACCGCAUCAACCAAGAGCACCUGGACAACAUCUCCUCUCUGUUCCCUGAGGACAUGGAGCGUAUCCGGCGCAUGUCCCUGAUUGAGGAGGAGGGGGGCAAGAGGGUAAACAUGGCCCAUCUGUGCAUUGUGGGGUCGCACGCAGUCAAUGGUGUGGCCGAGAUACACUCCAACAUCAUCAAAACCGACGUGUUCCGUGACUUCAGCGAGCUUGAGCCAGACAAAUUCCAGAACAAGACCAACGGAAUCACUCCCAGACGCUGGCUGUUGCUGUGCAACCCUGGACUGGCAGACCUGAUAGCUGAGGCCAUUGGGGAGGAAUACGUUAAGGACCUCAGUCAGCUACAGAAACUCAAUGAGCUGGUAGAUGAUGACGCCUUCAUCCGAGAUGUGUCCAAGGUCAAACAGGACAACAAGCUGAAGUUUUCCCAGUACCUGGAGAGAGAGUACAAGGUGAAGAUCAACCCUUCCUCCAUAUUUGACGUGCACGUCAAGAGGAUCCACGAGUACAAACGCCAACUGCUCAACUGCCUCCACAUCAUCACCAUGUACAACCGCAUCAAGAAGAAGCCCAAUGCACCUUUUGUCCCACGCACAGUCAUCAUCGGAGGCAAGGCUGCUCCGGGGUACCACAUGGCCAAGAUGAUCAUCAAGCUCAUCACCUCAGUGGCAGAGGUGGUCAACAAUGACCCCAUAGUGGGCAGCAAGCUUAAGGUCAUCUACCUUGAGAACUACAGGGUGUCCCUGGCAGAAAAAGUCAUCCCUGCCACGGACCUGUCGGAGCAGAUCUCCACGGCGGGCACCGAGGCGUCAGGCACAGGCAACAUGAAGUUCAUGCUGAACGGAGCCCUCACCAUCGGCACCAUGGACGGGGCCAACGUGGAGAUGGCGGAGGAGGCGGGCGAGGACAACCUCUUCAUAUUCGGCAUGAGGGUGGAGGACGUGGCAGAGCUGGACAAAGAGGGGUACGAUGCCAUGAAGUACUAUGAGGAGCUGCCUGAGCUGAAGCAGGUGAUUGACCAGAUCAAGAGCGGCUUCUUCUCCCCUCGCCAGCCUGAGCUCUUCAAGGACAUCAUCGACAUGCUUUUCAAACACGACCGGUUCAAGGUUUUCGCUGAUUUUGAGUCUUACAUUGAAUGUCAGGAGAAAGUGAAUGUCCUCUACCAGGAUCCAAAAGAAUGGACCAGGAUGGUGAUCAAGAACAUUGCCGCCUCCGGAAAGUUCUCCAGCGAUCGCACCAUCACCGAUUACGCCAGGGAGAUCUGGGGGGUGGAACCCACCGACCUGAAGAUCCCUCCCCCUAGUGAGCCUCGCGAAGCCAUCGAGGAAGCAGCGCGGGCCCUGAAGCUGGACCAGUAGACUCCCAUCCACCCUCCCCAUAGAGUGCCUAAGUCUCCGCCCACUUCCGGACCCUUCACAAGGGCUGAGAAGUCAAACAUUUUGUCUGGGAUCUAAUGGACAAAUCAAAAAUACAGUAUCUUAUGAUCCACUUCGCCUUUUUCCCUGGAUCACACACACAAUUAAUGACAGCCAAUUGUGUGAUUGCCGACUUUACAAGCAAUCUGUGGGUUGUGUGCUUGCAAAAAUAUGUAAUUAUUUGGACUACACAAGAGAGGUCAAAUAUCUGAUGUGCUGAGCUGGACACAGUGGCCACAAUUGGGUUGGCUGCCUGACUUCAGCCUUGCACAAAGCGCAAAGUAACUUUUGUUGCCUGCCAAAAAGGAAUGGUCUUCUGAAGCUAAUCCAAUUUUUUUACAAGCCACUGCUAUCAUAAAUGAAAUCCAGGGCACAUGUCAAGGAGAAUCUGGAUUUUAGCUUGACCCUUUCCAUUCACUUCUCAUUCAAAAUGUUGGCAAGAUAUGACCCAUGGUCCCGAAGUAGAAGGGCGUGACUUUAGGCACUCUAUUCCACAGCAGUGUACCCAUGACCUUCUGUUACCAUAUAACCACAAGAAAGCAAAAACGUCCUGCUAUACUAAAAUGUAGAACCAAGCACACAGUCUCUUUUUUGUUUCUUUUGAAAAAGUUUUAAUGCUAGAGUCACUGAGUCUUAGCGCCUGUAAUACACUGUAUGUUCCUAUACCCUGAAUUUGGAUGAUGGUAGCAAUUGCUGUAACCUCUGUGUAGUGGUUGAGUAUCUUGUCAUGAAACACUGACUGACUGUUAGUCACACUCUAUUCAAAGACCAUUGACUACUGAAGUAUCGCCCUCAGAAGCAUCCCCUUGUCUUGUUCUGUGGGCUUACUAGGAGACUAACUUGACUAUUGCCAGAUAAAUGUAAUGUAGAUCCACAUAUUAAUUUGGGAUUGCACUUAAUGAGAAGGAUUUUAAAGGAGCAAGAGAUGAUUCAAUAACACAGUUGAAGUGGCUAAAUCAAUGUCAAAGCAUGAAUCUUCACUGUUGAUCCACCAUUGUUGUCUGAAUUCACCAAAAAAUCACCUAUGUAGAAUCCUGCUCGUUACCAAUUAUUUUUUGCUCUCUUGAAGUCUUCCCACCCGGUCGAUCCCAGAUGGAUGUAUGGAGCUCCGUGGAAUACCAUAUGGAGUCAGGGUUGCCAGGUUGGGCUGUUUCCUACCCAGUUGGACUGAUUGAAUGUCAAUCUGCAGGUUAAAAAAAACGCAUUGGGUGGGUUUUUCUAUAUGCCCAUAUAAAUCAAUAGAUUUUAGUCUAAAGUGUACAGGAUUUAGAGGCUCCAGCUGGUUUGCGAAAAUUAUUGAUCUGGAAAUCUACAGUCACAUCUGGCAACCCUUUAUGGAACUUGCAGAACUGAUCUAGCAAGCAUCAGGAGAAGACCAACCACCUUAUCUCAUGGCUGAUCUUUUCAGAAAACCUUGUUCUCUUAUUACCUUUAUUACCUUUAUUAACUUGUUACUGGUAUACAAUCUUCAAUUCUGUGCACUGCUGGGCACAUGUUUGCACAAAUAUUGGUACAUUCCAUCGUUUUCACCUCUCACAAUUCUUUCAACACCAAAAUAAGUCUUACCACACAUGCUUAACAGAGAAUUAUUUGAUAACUGGCCUGGCUUUCACAAGUCAGAAUGCACAUAACUUUUACAUCAAGUGCCUAAUAUUGUUCAUUUAUCUUAGAUUGUUCAGCCUAAACCCUUCAUCUUGCAAAAAUAAAAGCAACAUUUAACAACA